GCUUUCAUUUUUACAGUCAGAUACUUCCUUUUUCAGCUUACUCUUUCAUCUCUCACUCUCACUCUCACUCUCACUCUCACUCCUUCCGUACUUCCUCUCAAUUUCUUUCAGAAUCUCACGAGCUCCAUUAACAAUCUACAAAAACAAUUAAUUUCUUCAUCAAUUUCAUGUUAUCUGCUGCAAAUAUCGUGUGAGUCUUUUCAUGUUUUUUUCUUGUUUAAUUUUGUAUUGUCUGCUACUCUGCUUGCAAUUUCGUGUUUAUUUUGUAGGUUGUUGUAUCAAUUUUCUUAGUCUUUUAUUUGUUGUUUCUUCAAUUUGAAUGAACUUCUCUAAUUAGAUAGUUAUCUAAUUAAAUCAACUACUUUGCCUUUUAGAAAUAUGCCGAGCUCUGCAUUACGAUCUCUGAAAAAGAGGGAAAAUGUUGCAGGUGCUAGACCAGACCCAGGAUGGGAACACGUUACCGAGGCAGAUGGUGAUCCUACAAAAAUAAGAUGCAAAUAUUGUGGUGUUGUGAGUGGUGGUAUUUUUAGGCUUAAGCAUCACCUAGUUGGAACUCGUUACAAUGUUGAGCCUUGUUUGCAAGUCCCUGAUGAUGUUAAACUUGUCUUUAAGCAACUAUUAGAGACUAAUGCUGAGAAGUCUAGUAGAAAAAAGAAAAUUCUUAACGACAUUGGAGAGGAAGAAGAAGAGUAUAAAUUAAGAAGGGGUGGUACUGGUAUGGAUUGUUUUGUCAAUAGAAGCAAUCCUAGAUUACAAUCAACACUUAAUCAAAAAUAUUAAAAGGAAGAAAGAGAGGAAGUUUGCCAACAAAUUACUCAUUUUUAUACCAGUGUUAUUCCCUUUAAUGUUGUUAAAAAUCCUGAAUUUUCAAUUAUGGUUGAGAAGAUUACUAAGUUUGAAAUCGGACUUAAACCUCCUAGUUAUCAUGAAAUAAGGGUUACAUAUUUAGAUACAGGAGUGACAAAUGUCUUGGUCAUGCGGAGUUCAAAGAAGAAUGGAAAAGAACUGGUUGUACUAUUAUGUCUGAUGGUUUGAGUGAUAGAAAAAGGCGUUUUAUUUGUAAUUUCAUGGUGAACAACCCUAAGGGGACAAUAUUUCUGUCAUCCAUAGAUACAUUAUCUAUAUUUAAGACAACCGAUAAAGUGCUUGAGAUGUUGGACGCGAUUGUAGAGCAGGUUGGUGAGGAGAAUGUAGUUCAAAUUGUUACUGACAAUGCUGCUAAUUAUAAAGCUGUUGAAGAAAAGUUGACGGAGAGAAGAAUAAAGUUGUAUUGGACUCCUUGCGCUUCCCAUAGAAUUGAACUGAUGCUAGAAGAUUUAGAGAAGAAGAUUAAGAUUCACCAUGUGACAAUCACAAAGGCUAGGAAAAUAACAACAUAUAUAUACUUUGGAACCUUGUUCCUCACUUAGGUGAGAGAAUUUACUAAAGGAAGAGAGCUUAUUAGGCCAGGUGUGACACAAUAUUCUAUUUCUUACUUGACAUUGAGGUUCUUAAAUGAACAUAAAGGCCAACUAUUAUCCCUUUUUGCGCCUAAUAAGUGGAAUUCUAGUAAGUUCGCUACAACUAAUGAAGGAAAAAAAUCCAUAGGAUUGUCUUGGAUACUCAAGGAUUCCGGCAGAGUGUUGUAACAUAAUGGAAGGGGGCCUUGCCACUUGUAAAAUAUCUCCGUUUGGUGGAUUUUGAUAAGAACCCCGCAAUGGGACAAGCGAAAAAUCAAAUCAAAAUAAAUUUCAACAAUAUUGAGAAACAAUAAGUUCUUACUUUUUAAAAAUAAUUGUGUAGCUAGUCAGUUAAUUAUUUACUAUUUUGGUUGAGCUUAUUUGUUAUUUUAUUAUAUCUAUUAUGUAGCUAUAAGCCUGUUUUAAAUAUCAUCGAUGAGCGUUGGGUGGAUCAGCUACACGGACCUCUACAUGCUGCUGCCUACUUUUUGAUCCGCAAUUUCAAUAUAGUGCUAAUUAUCAAGCUAUUGCGGAAAUUAAAGUAGGUUUAUAUAGUUGUUUAGCAAGAAUGAUCCCUGAUCAUGAAUAAAUGGUGGCAUUGAUAUGCAAAUGGAUGAUUUUAAUUUGCAAGAGGCCUCUUUGGAUUGUCUACUGCUGUGAUGACCAGAAAAAAAAAUCUUCAGACGAUUGGUGGGAUUCAUAUGCAGAUGAAUGUCCCGACUUGAAAAGGUUUGCAAUUAGGAUUUUGAGCUUGACUUGCAUUUCCUCUGGUUGUGAACGAAAUUGGAGUGGUUUUGAGAUGGUAUAUUUAAUCAUCUAUCUUACUUUAUAUAGUUUAUGUUUUUUCUAAAACUUAAAUCAAAACUUUAUACAAUUAUUUAUAAUAUUAUUUAGGUCCACACAAAGAAAAGAAAUCGAUUACAUCAGAAAAAUGUGAAUGAUUUAGUUUUCGUGAUGUACAAUUUAAAAUUGAAGAGAAGAUAUGAGAAACGAACAAGUAAGUCGAUACAUAGUACAACAACCAAUAGUUUUGGAUGAAUUGCCUCUAGAUGAUGAGUGGAUAGCUGAGAUUGAAGAACUUGUUCUUCCCUCUAGCAACACAUGGUUAAGUGCUCUUGAUAGAGCAUCAAGGAGACUUGCUAGAGCAGCACAAAACGGAGAAGAAAGCACUGAUGAAUUUCAAUAUGAGGAUGUUGAAGUUCAAAUGCUAAGUGAUGAUGAUGAAGUUGCACCUGCCUAUAAUUCAUAUGAGAUUUAUGUAGAUGAUGUUGGUGAUGAUGCCCAAAUGGGGGCAACCACCACAGGAACUACCAUAAGUGAUGAUGUCGACGACACAAGCUUUGGAUAUAAUGAUUAAUAAGUAAUUAAUAAUUUGUAAUACUGUGUUGUAAUCUGUGUUUUUUUAUUCUUGUUAAUUUAUGACAUUACAUUGUAUUGAUGGUUGAAUGUUGGAA